CAGGAGCUCGUCUGCAAUCAAGCCACUGGCUUAUAGAGUGGAUUUUCAGGAUUCUCGCAUCUGCUUCAUUAGAAGUGCAAACCAGACCAAAAGAAGCCACCGGUUUCACAGUUUGAGGAUCCAAGAAGUAUUUACACCAGGAGGUGAAAGCUCCGCGUGAACCGACAGGGACUAUGGCAUCAAACAGCCUGUUCAGCUCAGUGACACCAUGUCAGCAAAACUUCUUUUGGGAUCCCAGCACCAGCCGGAGGUUCAGCCCCCCCUCCAGCAGCCUGCAGCCCGGCAAGAUGAGCGAGGUCAGCCCGGUGGUGGUCGCCCAGCAGCAGCAGCAGCAGCAGCAGCAGCAGGACGCGGCGGCCGCCGUGCCCCGGCUGCGCCCCCACGAUAACCGCACCAUGGUGGAGAUCAUCGCUGACCACCCCGCCGAGCUGGUCCGCACCGACAGCCCCAACUUCCUCUGCUCCGUCCUGCCCUCGCACUGGCGCUGCAACAAGACCCUCCCGGUGGCGUUCAAGGUGGUGGCCUUAGGAGAAGUGCCCGAUGGGACAGUGGUCACUGUCAUGGCUGGAAACGACGAGAAUUACUCUGCAGAGCUGCGAAACGCAUCUGCCGUGAUGAAGAACCAGGUGGCCAGAUUUAAUGACUUACGAUUUGUGGGCAGAAGUGGAAGAGGGAAGAGCUUUACUUUGACAAUAACUGUCCUGACAAAUCCCCCCCAAGUCGCUACAUACCACAGAGCUAUAAAGGUUACAGUGGAUGGGCCAAGAGAGCCUAGAAGGCACAGACAGAAGCUUGAUGACUCUAAACCUAGUUUGUUCUCUGAACGCCUCAGUGAUUUAGGGCGCAUUCCUCAUCCCAGUAUGAGAGUAGGGGUCCCGACCCAGAGCCCACGGCCCUCUCUGAACUCUGCACCAAGUCCUUUUAAUCCACAAGGACAGAGUCAGAUUACAGACCCCAGGCAGGCACAGUCAUCCCCGCCAUGGUCCUAUGACCAGUCUUACCCAUCCUACUUGAGCCAGAUGACUUCACCGUCCAUUCACUCCACAACUCCCCUGUCCUCCACUCGAGGCACAGGACUUCCAGCCAUUACCGAUGUGCCCAGACGCCUCUCAGGUGCUUCAGAGCUGGGCCCAUUUUCAGAUCCCAGGCAGUUCACAAGCAUUUCAUCCCUCACUGAGAGCCGCUUCUCCAACCCACGAAUGCACUAUCCAGCCACCUUUACCUAUACACCGCCAGUCACCUCAGGCAUGUCACUGGGUAUGUCCGCAACCACUCACUACCACACCUACCUACCACCACCCUACCCCGGCUCUUCCCAAAACCAAAGUGGACCUUUCCAGACCAGCAGCACUCCAUAUCUCUACUAUGGCACUUCGUCAGGAUCAUACCAGUUCCCCAUGGUGCCGGGAGGGGACCGCUCCCCUUCCAGGAUGCUCCCGCCGUGCACCACCACGUCCAACGGCAGCACGCUGCUAAACCCUAACUUGCCCACCCAGAGUGACGGGGUGGAGGCGGAUGGCAGCCACAGCAGCUCCCCAACCGUCUUGAAUUCUAGUGGCAGGAUGGAUGAGUCCGUUUGGAGGCCGUACUGAGAUUUCUUCCGUAGCCGGCCCAACCUCCGCAAGCCAAAAAAAAAAAAACAAACACCAAACGGUCGACUAACUACGAAGUGCCUGUUUUUGGUUUUUUUUGCUUUUUCUUU